GGCUUUGUUUCAUCCGUUAAGCCCUCGAAUAAGACCAGAAAGCGCUAACCCUAAUUGUCUCCUUUGUUCAUCUGAGUUUGAGUUCAGCAGCUAUAAUGACGAUUGAUCGUUCUCUAUCAUCUUGUAAAGGAUCGCGACUUUAGUGACAUUAAUACAGACGCCCAGUACGAGCCCUUCAAUGCGUCGUUUCCGUGGGCGAAAUCUCUGCUAGGGUGUUUUUUCUGAUUUGAAGUGUUCAUCGGUUGUGGAAGCUAGGCUGCUGUGAUACUGGGAGGCUAGGAACUUUAAGCGUGGUGGAGAGCUUAUGUGGGAUCCAUAAGAUGAGAGGAGAGAGUUGGUUUCAAAUAAUAACAUGGGAGGGAAGUCCACUUUCAUUCGCCAGGUUGGGGUGACUGUGCUGAUGGCUCAAGUUGGUUCCUUUGUUCCUUGUGAUAAAGCUUCAGUUUCCAUCAGAGACAGUAUCUUUGCCCGUGUAGGAGCAGGCGAUUGCCAACUGCGUGGAGUGCCUACUUUCAUGCAAGAAAUGCUUGAAACCGCUUUGAUUUUAAAAGGAGCUACCGAUAAAUCACUGAUAAUAAUCAAUGAAUUGGGCUGUGGAACAUCAACCUAUGAUGGUUUUGGUCUAGCAUGGGCUAUAUGUGAGCAUCUGGUACAAGUGAAGAAAGCUCUUACUCUGUUUGCUACUCACUUCCAUGAACUUACUGCCUUGGCUCAAGCAAGCUCUGAGGUUGCAGGUAACAUCGUUGGCGUUGCAAACUUCCAUGUCAGUGCACACAUUGAUACAGAAAGCCGCAAACUCACCAUGCUUUACAAGGUUGAACCAGGGGCAUGUGACCAGAGGUUAGGGAUCCAUGUGGCUGAGUUUGCUAACUUCCCUGAAAGCGUAGUGGCGCUAGCAAGAGAGAAAGCUGCAGAAGUGAAAAAAAAUGCUAGGAUAUGCGAGCAGUUUACUUGAUAGCAACAGCAAGGCUACUUCCUUCAAAAAAAACGUACUACCAACAAUCCAUUGACUGGAAUAGCUGGGAGUGUGUCCCCAAGAUUUCAUAUCCAACUUCAGUGCAUUGAUUCACCGGUCACCCCGUGGUUGGUUGUUGUUUUCAUGUUAAAUACGAGAAGAACAUUUGGGCAUAUAUAUUACUUAAAUAAAUGGAUGCAUCUGGUUUUGAUUUGGCAGCCUAUGAUUUCACUGAUUUUGCAAAUCCUGCAGUCAUGGAUAUUCUACUCUUGCAUACAAUUAUCUGUCUACUCAAGGUUCAUGCUUCAAUAAGAACUUUAUAACUAAUCUGCUUCCCUAUACUACAUAUGGCAGUUGCAUUAUUAAAAUAUCAUUGGUGUUUAGUCAACAUGAUUUAGUUUGUUUAGCCGUCUUGCUUAUUUACGUAUGAAAAGCAUAGGUAGAGAAACUAAAGGUUGUCGUGGGGAUCUCUUACACAACUUCUCUGAACCAUAUGGUUGUUGUGAGGAAUGCUUAUUGUUAUCUCUCCUUGAUUCUUCCUUUGAAGACACACUGUUUCCUCUGUGCGUUUUCCUCUUCCAAAUGUGUUUUUUUAUCAUACCUUCUCACUUUCAAUAUAUUUUUUUCUUUUUUUUUGUCUUUUAGCAGGUUCAAAUAUGUGGAUACUAAAAAUGAGGAAACUUCAUGGUGAAACUCGCCAUAAAGAGAAAGGAGGACGAGGAGAGAAAGCAGACGUGGAAAAAUCAAAGAAAGAACUUAUGAUCAAAGGUUAGCACAUUGAGGUAUAUUGCAUCACAUUGCCGUGUGCAUUUGUUAGGAAAAGUCCAAGAUUAUUGGAGAAGUCCCUUUCAAUGAUUCUAAAGCACCAAGGUUGAAGGACUUUGAAAACAAGAAAGCUUACUUCAAGUCAAUGAUCAGAACAUUUCUGGAUCAAUGCGUAGUGUUGUUUUAGCUUAUGUGUUGGAAGAUUCAUACAACCAGUAACUAAUGCGCUCCCCACAUGAUCUGAAAGGACCUCUGAAUGUGUAGUGUCAGUUUGAGGAAUGUUUAAUAUGUAUAGAUGAUGGUGGUCUUACAAGAGAAUGAUAUCAAUUAGUGUCAACAAUUAUAUUUGUCCAGUUUCA